CAUCUUGAUUUAUUUUUGAGAAAUAUGCUCUUGGCAAUAUUUUUAGCAUUUUAGUAAAUCUUAGCAGAUUGCAUUGAAAAUUCUUAUCUCACUUAUCCAAAUCAAGAAGAAUGGGUUUAUGUAAUUGAUUUCUCUUAUUUACUAAUAGGAAGUCAAAAGAAUUUCUGUUAAAUUAGAAGGAGAAUAUGUUAUUGGAUUUGGUGAUAAUUAUGAAGUUAAAGAUAAAUCAAAAAUAUAAAUUAAAUAAGUCCCAGGAGGUUUAACUUUUGGACCUUCCAAUUUUGAAAUUUAUUGUCCAUCAAUUCAUAAAUUAUCUAAGAAAGAUAUUAUCAAAUGCGAUAUCUAAUUAAACAUGAAAGAAAUUAAUGCAACUUCAACUCCUUCUAAAGCCUUAUUUGUAUUUUCAGUAGAAUUAGAUAAUUUACUUAAAUAAAAUCCUGUAUUUUAGAUUGAAACCAAUUUUCAAAUGAGAUUAAUGGAUUUUGCAUAAUAAUUAGAAAAUAUGGCAUAUUAUCUUGAGUAUGAAAAUUGUGAUUAAAUUGUGUAUUUGUUACCAGAUCCUUUACCAAUUUCAUCUGAAUAAAUAAAUUUACUUAAAAAAUACUCAAAAACUUUACCAGAUGAUACUCCCACUAAAUAAAUAACAGAGUCAAUCAAAGGGUAAUUAUUUGUUGAGAACUUUUCAAUUGAUUCAAGUUCAAAUACUCAUCUUUAUGGAUUAAUUGCAAUCAUUAUAGGUGUUGUAAUAUUAGCCAUAAUAAGAGCUUUUAAGUAAAAUUAAAUAAGAUUAUUUAUAGUAAAAAGCGAGAGUAAUAAAAGUAAUAUGAUCAUUCUAAAUAACCAUUAAAUGAACAAGAAUUACAUAAGUUAACUUGA